AUGGACAUUGCCUCUAGCGCAGUUCCUAGGCGAUGCAGCGACUGGACAAACAAGAAAACCGCUAAGCUGGUGGAAGAGAUGCUGUAUCGAGAAUUAUCAGCGAACCACGUGUUUAACGCGUUGAUGGAAAGCGGACGAUCCUUCGACCAGCCGUCAAGGGUGAUCGAGAUGGUAAAAGUGGUCGGCGAAGGUGAUGGCUCAGUACCCUUCUAUGACGAGCGCACACUAGACGCCCGAUACGCGCGUGGAACCACAUCCUGGAGUCGAGGGACGCGGCGAGAGACUUAUUCAAAUUCCGUAUAUCAAAGUCAGAAAUCCAGGAAGAAGAGCAAUCCCGACACAGAACAUUCAGAGCCUGUAGGAUGGCGCUUUCUCCCUGAGGCAUAUCGAGCCUCUGAGACGUCCGAUAUUGCAGAGAAAAUCGGGCAAAUUCCACUGUGUUUCGAAGAUCUAACGGAGACCACACUCCACCAAGCAACAAAUGCAGUAGGAGUGUUGUUCCAUGAUGCCAGAUUAAACAGGGGCAUCUCGACAGUCAACGGACCUGGGAGACAGAAUGGAUCGUUUACUUACUUACGCCAUUGGCCGCGUGUCGGUUGGAUCAAAGGAAAUCGGCUCUUGGCUAUCGCCAGACGAGCUGACCAAGGCAAAGAUCACGAUCACGAUAUGGCGAACUACGCGUGCGGCAUGGGAGAUCUCUAUUUGGAGGGAUUCUUGGUGGUAGUUCAUCGCGGCGCGGUCUGCACGGUCAACGAUAAUCUGGACCAGGAAUUCGAUCGCAAGGCGGCACACGUACCCAGUCUAGACCUAUUGCUCGCGGUGCUGUCUCCACUACGCGGGCCUACCUCUUUGCUGUGA